ACACGCUCGCACCUCGAUGGUCCGUGCUACCGCCGCUAGGAAAAAGUCGAGUAUCAUCUGCACGGGUUGUGUGUCGAGGGGACGCUUUUUUUGGUAAAAACUUGUGUGAAUUAGUGACCGGUUGGUGCGUUUUCCUUUAAAUAAACAGUAUGUGAAUAGUUUGUAAUAAAGUGAGGCAGCGUUGGGAUAUCGAGCGUUCGUACGGUCGCCUCGAGAGUCGAGACUUUGGGUUUAGAUGCUCAAGCGGAAAUCUCGCGAUAAUGGCGUACGUUCCGACGACGUUCUGUUGUUUUUUUUACAAAGUGGCUUUGGUAAGCUUUUCGUACAGUUACCCCGUCGUUCAUCAAUCACGAGUAUACCUAGACUGUAAGGUUUAAUAGAACAGAUCUGGGGGCUCGUUUAUUAACCAAUUGAUUAUAAACCGAACCGCCGUUGUAGUUGCAAAUAACAAGUAAUAGCACAUCGAAAAAAUUCUAAAAUGCGCCAAGAGGGAAACGAAUUUAAUUGAAAGUGUCCCCCGAAACCCCCGCCGCUUACUCGGUCGUCAAAUUGUGUUGUACUAUUGCUGCCGCUGUUCUAUAAUAUUACUGCAUUCAAAGUACAUCUACACUUCUAUUAUUACAAUUUACAAAACGCGAGGUUUCUUACACCUUAAAAUCUGUACGUCGUGAACACUACACGAUCGGAAAUUUUUAUAAGAAGGCAUAGAGAAGUAUUAACGAUGGGCACACUACUGGCCAUAGGAAAGGUAGUAAAAUUCCCUCUUGAGCCCGAGACGGAGGCGAAGAGUCGUGCAGCGUAAAGACAUGGACACGUACGAUCUAUUUGGCGAAGAUGUCAGUGGCUCAAUGCUCGAUGCUCUUCCUGACCUUGGGGGGACUGACCACUUUGACCCUGCAGGUGCAGCAAAUUCGACGGUAGUGUCCAGAGAUGGUCCAAACCCUGGUCCAAAUGGAGGCGGGAAUUACAUCAAUCAAUCGUACAGCAUACCUCAAGAAUCUCCUCUACAAAAAUUGACAUCGUUCGGUGGAUCUGAAUUUGGAAACUCUAAUCAACUACAGAAUACAACGCAGCGAAAUAUGUUCAACCAAAACCUUGCCGGCUUUGAUGCAGGAGCCCCUCAAAGGGCGAUGGUACCAGGAGCCUUCCAGAAUCAGGCUCGGAGCAUGGCCCCUCAGCACAGAGGUCCUCAUCCAGGAGCAGGAAAUCAGUAUCCUAGUUAUUCGGACAAUAUGUAUUCAAUGGAGCAGCAACAUCCCAUGGCUCAAAGAAACUUGGCAAUGGAUCCAGGGAUGCAGGGUUGGCCAGGAGGGGGAGGAGCUUAUCCCCAAAUACAGAGGCACUACAAUCAAAUGGCUCCUCAACCAAACACAUACAGGCAACACAUGCCGCAAUACCCUCAUCAAGAUCAGGCAGUUAUGAAUCAAAAAAUGCAACAACAGCAACAACAGCAGCAACAACAGCAGCAACAACACUUCAAUGCUCAGCAAGGAAUGAUGGGGAACAUGGGCGUCCCUCAUCAAGGUAUGCAGAGCACUGGAGGUGCGGGUGUUUAUCAGCAUAUGGUAGGGCAGCAGCAGCAGCAUUAUCAACAAAACAAUCCUGCAGCAAUGUAUCAGACCUCUGCAGGCUACACAGGAUUUUCGAAUGCGAUGCAUGCGCAACAGCAGCAACAGCAACCUCCCCCACAGCAGCAGCCACAGCGAAUGCCACAUCAUCUUCCAACCCAUCAAACUCAUCCCAGUCACCAACAAUAUCCGCAACAUCCGCAGCAUUCGGCUCCUCAGCAAGGCAUGGAUCCCCAGUAUCCUCACCACUCUGCUCCAAUGUUUAAUCAACCUCAGCACCCUGGGCCGACGCCGCAGUUUGGAGCAGCUAAACAUGCGACAAGUCCUCAGUAUAGAGCCACUUUCCCUCAACUAUCUCCACAGAUGUCCCCUAGACCUCAGAUGUCACCACGACCACCUGCGGUUCAGCAACAAAUGUCGCCACGACCAAUAAUGUCUCCUGCAAAGCCUAGUACAUUAUCACCUCACCCACAUUCUCAGCUACCCCAUCAACCUCCAAACCAGCCCAAUACAAUGUCCGUAUCUCCCUGUCCGCCAACUUCUAUGAAUAUGAAUACAUCAGCCACCUCACAGCAAAGUACGCUGCAGGCACUAGAACAAAUGGUCAUUCCAGGGGUUGCUGUGUCCAACCCAAAUGUUACAAGUCCAGAUUAUAACCAGUUUCAACCUCGUCCACUCAUGCCACAUGCUGCAAAUAUUUUACCACCACAACCACCUCCACAAAACUCGACUCCACCUGUUACGGGACCUAGAAUGCCACUGCCUAAUCAAUGGCCACAUCCUUCUCAGCCUCAACAACCCCCACCACAACAACAACAACAACAACCACAACAGCAACAACAACCACCACCACCACCACCACCGCCACCACCACAGCAACAACCACAACAGCAGCAGGUGCAGGUGCAGCAGCAGCAGCAGGUGCAAGCACAACAACAGCAACCGCACCAACAACAACAACAACAGCAGCAGCCACUGCAGCCACCACAACCCCAGCAGCAGCAGCAGCAGCCACAACAGCAGCAGCAGCCACAACCGCAACAGCAACAGCAACAACAACAGCAGCAGAUAAGACCAAAUUUGAAUGUCAAUGAUGGCAGAAAUAUCAUAGAAGUUCAGACACCACCUUCAUCAGAAGCUAGUUCUUUAUUUCCAGUUAAUGGACCAGAUAGCAAUAAUGUGGUAGAAACAACGACAAGAGAUGCUACAGAUAGCGCACAAAUUCUAAAUAAUCCACUCAAACAGGAGGUGGAAAGUCCUGACCAAACUUCGAUCAAGCAGAAUACUGAAAUGCUCAAUCAGCCAGGAGAAAUUCCUAUUCAAAAUAAUACUACAACGAGUUCAGUGAGCGAGCAAAUAGUACCACCUAUUAAACCAGCUCCUGUAGAAGCUGUACAAAGCUUGCCAGCAUCAAGUACCAGUGGUAAUGUUAUGGAAACUGGCGUAAUGUCUCCAAUUGUACAGCAAUCCACGAUACCACAGAGACCGAAUUCUUAUCCUACCGUCGAAAGCAAUGUAUCGGAAAGCCAAAUUACAGAACAGUCUGCAGAAGUAAGUACUGUAUCAGGUCUACAACCACUUGGAACCUCUCCACCUCUCAUGAUCCAGAGUCAACAGCCACAGGGGCAGCAGCAAGGUUUGAUUUGUCAACAAGUAUCAAACCAGCAGAUUCCCCAGCACCAACCACAAAUAAUUCCGACAUCGCAACAACAGCAAGUUCAAUCCAUAAUGACGCAGCAGCCACAAAAUCAGCAGCCGACGCUAAUAGGACAGCAACCGCAACAGGGUUUGAUGGGACAGCCGGCUCAGUCCCAGACACAACCUCAGCUUCAAGUCAACAUGAUACCGUCAAACAAUCCCCUUAUUCCCAUGCCGAUACAACACCAGCCCCAAAUGCAGCCUCAAAUUCAGGGCCAGACGACACAGAUGCAAACUCAGCCAAAUCAAGUUCCGCCAUCUUUAAUGGGGGUCCAACAAAUACCUGCUGUUGGACCAACUGGCAAUGUUGGUAUGCCUCCGCUCCAGGCAAACGUUCCUUUAGCUAACCCACAAGCUACGCAUCCUUCUCAUCCAGUGCCCCCGGGUGCUUUUGGAGACUACACAAACGUUCAGAAACCAAACAACAUGUAUUCCAAUGAAAUGAUCGUCGGUUCAGGCCAGCAGUAUCACUCUGGUGGAGAAAUCAUUGGAGCUACGACAUUGCCAGGGAUGUAUGGGAUGCCUACAACUGUCCCACCACCUCCCGUUGUUGCACCAAGCGGGUUUACAAAUCCCCUUGCUCCUGUUACUCAUCACCAGGAAAGAGCUGCUUUGCAACAACAGUUGCAGGAACUGUACUGCAUGCCACCUGCCUCAGAAAAUCAGGAAAAAAUUGUCAGCUUGCAGGAACGGCUGCAGGCUCUACAGCAACACGAAAGUACCGAACAAUGCAAUGGAGGGCCACAGUGCAUACUCCAAACUCCAAUGUUUACAGCAGCUGUUGUCGAUAGUCCUCAGGUCUCAAGUACAACUGGCCGAGGUCGAGGUAAAGGUACACCACGUGCAAAGAAGAGCAGGAAAAAAGCUGACAAGGAAGCAGCAGCACCAAUUACAGCGCAGCCAAUAAGUCAGCCGGAACAGCCAUUGUCAGAGAGCCUUGUGACUCCAGUAGACAGCAGCAACGUUAUAGAUAGUAUAGCGGAUUCAGAGGAUCUUAAGCCAACUUCAGGAGAUAUGGAGGAAGAAUGGAACAAAAACAGAAAAGCUCGUUCUCCUAGGAAGCCAAGAAAACCUAAGGAACCCAAGGAACCCAAGGAGCCAAAAGUAAAAAAAGAACCCAAGCCACCCAAAGAAGUCAAAUCUCCUAAAGGUAGAAAAAAGAAAGAGCCCAAAGAACCUGGAGUAAAACGUGGCAGAAAAAAAGUCGCUGUAUCAGAAUCGGCUGAUGAAGAACCUCCAGCAGAAGCUGAAGAAUCUGCUGUGUCUGACUCAGGUGUUGUACAAGAUGCUGAGGUCAAGCCAAGCGAGGUUAUUGCAAAUGAUGAUCAGGAACAGGUCGAUUCGUCUACUACGGAACCGAUUGUAACAGAAUCCAAGGAUGAUAUAGAAGAGAAGACUGAAGUUGAGGAUCCUCCUGAAGAAGAAAAAAAAAUAGAAGUGCCAGAGGAAACUCCGGAAGUGAGCACACCGGUAAAGAAAAAAUCAGCCAGCCGAAAGAGGUCUAGAAGCGGCAUAGGAAGAACGCCAAGGAGUUCAAAAAUCUGUUCCAGAAAGCGUAAAAGUCGUAUCGCACCUGACUCCGACGGAGAAGAAUUGGCAAGGACUCCUCCACCCUCUCCAGAAGCUGGUGAUGAUUUAAAUAAAAGACGAUCGGCCAGGAAUACGCAUAGAAAGAAAUAUGUAGACGACGUAAUGCUCAGGUUUUCUGAUGAUGACGUUCCUCUUCAAGACAGUCAAGCUAAGAAAGCGGAUGCAAGUAGCAUUUCCAAGCCAGCCGCUGUUAAGAAGGAGGCAGAAGGUGGAGAAGUUGGUCCUAAUAAACCCAAUUUUGUAUAUAUUAAUACAAUGGAUGAAGACUCUAUGGUUGUGCAACAUAUACUCUGCAUGCGUAUGGGGAAAAGGGAAGUCAAACCUGAGGUGAAGAUAGAACCACCUGUCGAGGAAACGACCCCUGAAAAAACUGAAUCUACUCCUGAAACAGAAGCUCAAGCAAAUGAAGAAACGGGUGUCAAAGUAGAGGAAACUAACAAGGAAGAAGCAGACAAGCCUGAAGAAGCAAAGAAAGAAGAAGACAGCGAGAUGGAAAUUGAUAAAUCAAAAGAUGACGAGGAAGAAAAAGGUGUAGAGGAAGAGAAAGAAAUCAAAAAAGAUAAAGAAGAUACGAAAUCAGAAAGUGAGAAAGAGUAUGAAAAAGAAGUGGAAAGUGAGAUUGAAAUAUCAAAAAAUGAAGAAGUGACAGAACAAAAAGAAAAGGAAGUAGUAGAAGAGAGGAAAGAAAAUGAGGAAGAAAAACAAGAAGUUGAUACAAAAGAAGAUGUUGAAGAAAAAACAAUUGAUGAAGAUUCUGGGACGAAAUCCGAGACAAAAAUUGAGGAGGAAGAGAAAAAAGAAGACGAAGAGAAGGUCGAAACAGAAAACGUUUCUACUGCGGAAGGUGAUACUGAAACUGAGAAGAAACUGGAAAUUGCCCCAGCAGAUCCUAAUGCUUCUGAAGUUAAGCCCCAGAUUAUUGAAGUUGAAGAAUACUUGGUGAAGUACAGAAACUUCUCAUAUUUGCAUUGUGAAUGGAGAACAGAAGAAGAACUUUACAAGGGAGAUAAGCGUAUUCAAGCAAAACUCAAACGAUUCAAGCAGAAAAUGCAACAGAAUACAAAUAUAUUUGAGAACCCGGAAGAUGAUCCCUUCAAUCCGGAUUUCGUAGAAGUUGACAGAGUACUUGAUGAAGCAACCCACACUGACCCAACAACAGGCGAAACUGUGAGACAUUUUCUCGUCAAAUGGCGUUCCCUACAAUACGAAGAUUCCACUUGGGAAUUGGAGGAGGAUGUCGAUCCUGAAAAAAUUGCUCAAUUUCACAGAUUUAAUAAAGUUCCACCCAAGGAUCAAUGGAAGCCAAAAAAGAAACCUGUGGCCGGUGGUUGGGAAAAAUUAGAAGAAUCUCCAAUUUACAAAAGCAACAACAGUCUCAGACCUUACCAGCUCGAGGGACUGAAUUGGCUACUUUUCUCGUGGUAUAACGGACACAACUGCAUCCUUGCCGAUGAAAUGGGAUUGGGAAAAACUAUUCAAUCUCUUACCUUUGUACAUGCGGUAUAUAAAUAUGGCAUACGUGGUCCUUUUCUAAUUAUUGCUCCACUUUCAACUAUUCCAAAUUGGCAGCGAGAAUUUGAGGGUUGGACGGACAUGAAUGUUGUUGUAUACCAUGGCUCGGCGGCAAGUCGUAAUAUGCUGCAAGAAUAUGAAGUCUAUUAUAAAAAUGAUAAGAGGCAGCCAAUAAAGGAUUUAAUUAAAUUCAAUGUGUUGAUAACAACAUUCGAAAUAAUUAUCACGGAUUUUAACGAACUCAGAGGCUACAAUUGGCGAUUAUGCGUGAUUGAUGAAGCACACAGGCUUAAGAAUAGAAAUUGUAAGCUACUGGAAGGACUCAGGCAGCUAAAUUUAGAGCAUAGGGUACUCUUGUCGGGCACUCCGUUACAAAACAAUGUUAACGAACUCUUUUCGUUACUAAAUUUCCUAGAGCCACUCCAAUUUGCCAGUAGUGAACAAUUUUUAAAAGAAUUUGGCAAUCUGAGCAGUGAGACUGAAGUUCACAAGCUUCAAUUGCUCUUGAAACCAAUGAUGCUGCGGCGUUUGAAAGAAGACGUUGAAAAAUCACUCGCCCCAAAAGAAGAAACCGUUGUUGAGGUGGAGUUGACGAAUAUUCAGAAAAAAUAUUAUCGUGGCAUACUGGAAAGGAAUUUUUCUUUCCUUUCCAAAGGAACUACAUCCGCUAAUAUUCCUAAUCUUAUGAACACAAUGAUGGAGCUUAGAAAGUGUUGUAUACAUCCAUUCUUAUUGAAUGGUGCUGAGGACCAAAUUCAGCUGGAUUAUAAACAAGGAAAUGACAAAGAAGACUCCGAAGGCUAUUUUCAAGCUCUUGUGAAUAGCUCUGGCAAAAUGGUGCUAAUUGACAAACUUUUACCAAAAUUAAAAGCUAGCGGCCAUCGUGUACUUGUCUUUAGUCAGAUGGUAAAAUGCUUGGAUCUACUGGAAGAUUACCUCGUUUAUAAAAAAUAUCCAUACGAAAGAAUUGAUGGACGAAUUCGUGGAAAUUUACGACAAGCUGCUAUUGAUCGUUAUAGCAAGCCUGACUCGGACAGAUUCGUUUUCUUACUUUGCACAAAAGCUGGAGGUCUUGGGAUCAAUUUAACAGCUGCUGAUACCGUUAUUAUAUACGACAGCGAUUGGAAUCCCCAAAAUGAUUUACAGGCGCAAGCUAGGUGCCACAGAAUUGGUCAGCAGAAGAUGGUGAAAGUUUAUCGGUUACUGUGCCGUAAUACAUAUGAGAGGGAAAUGUUUGACAAAGCAUCGUUAAAACUUGGUUUGGACAAAGCUAUUUUGCAAUCAAUGAAUACUAGCCAAGGGGGUAAAGAUCCUAACAACAAACAACUAACGAAAAAAGAGAUCGAGGAUCUGCUGAAAAAAGGGGCCUAUGGAGCUAUAAUGGAUGAUGAUAACGCGGGGGACAAAUUUUGCGAAGAAGAUAUUGAUAUCAUUCUUGAAAGAAGAACACAGGUCAUCACAAUUGAAGCAGAGAAAGGUUCAACGUUCUCAAAGGCCAGCUUUGCAUGUUCAUCCAAUAGAACAGACAUAAAUAUUGAUGAUCCAGACUUCUGGAAAAAGUGGGCAAAGAAAGCAGAAAUUGAUACAACGGAAAAGAAAGAAGAGGAUGAACUUGUCAUUUCUGAACCAAGACGUAGGACACAAAUCAAACGUUAUGGACAUGACGAAUCAGUCGUUGAUAUGUCCGAACUGGAUAGUUCUGACGAUAACAGUGAUGACGAUGGCGGAGGUCUCACAGGCCGUGGUAAAAAACGAAGAGACAAGUUUGGUAAAAAAUCUCGAAAAUUCUUUGACGAGUACGUCCCGCGUGAAGGUGAAGUUGUUUACGGAAACUGGGCUCGUAGUGAGUGUUUCAAAGUGGAAAGAGGACUUCUCACUUUUGGUUGGGGACGUUGGGAAGAAAUUUUACAGCACAGUCAGUUCCGAAGAGGGUGGAGAGAGAUCGAUGUUGAGGACUGUGCCAGGGUUAUAUUACUCUAUUGUUUGAGAUUUUAUCGUGGAGAUGAAAAAAUAAGUAGUUUCGUCACGGACCUAAUAACCCCAUUGGAAAACGGUGAGAAAGUUAAAACAAUUACCAUGAAUAUGACUGGAAGAAACAGUAGGCAGAAGCCGAAAAAAGGACGUCUAAGGGAAUGUCGUGAGACCCGAGGGUCGACUGCUAAUAACGGACCAUCCGCUGAUCCCAAUCAUUGGAGUAAUUCUGAAAAAUAUGAUGGCGAUAUAUUCCUUGAAGCUAAUUAUAAGAAGCACCUGAGUCGUCAUGCACAUAAGGUGCUCUUGCGCAUUAGAAUGUUGUACUACAUCAAGCACGAGAUCAUUGGUGACCUUGUCCAGCAUAUCUCAGAUGGUGUCCACGUUAGUGCGUUGCGGUUAAAUCCUCCGCAACUGGCGGAGCCUCCAGUGAAAUGGUGGGACCAGAUGGCAGACAAGUCUUUAUUAGUGGGAAUCUUCAAGCACGGCUACGAGAAUUACGAUCAGAUGAGGGCCGAUCCCGCGCUUUCUUUCAUUACCAGCUGUCCUCUCCCUCCCCCGACUCAGACCAUUCAAGCAAAUAACAGGGACGAAAAGGUUUUGGAGAAUGAAGUUGGGGAUGGGGAGUCGUCUGGCAUUGUUAAAGAUGGCAAGGAAUUGGAUAAGUUUGGAAGAGAAACUCCUACAGAUUCACCUGCCAUAUCAAGUAAAGCAGAUACGCCAAUACCAGAGGCCAGUGGAAGCCAUGACGGCAAUGAUGUCUUGAUUGAAGAUGACAAAUCUUGGCCUUCGGUUGUUGAUCUUAAUACUCGCUUGCGACGUGUAAUUUCGUCUUAUCAGCGUACUGUAAAGAAAGACGAAGUUAAACCCAUCCCCAAGGUUAAACCUGGAAAUGAAGGAGAAACUAGCAAUCACAAUACUAAUACAGGAAAUCCUGAAGCUCCUUUGAGCAUGCAGGGUUGGGAUUUGCAGCAACUCGCCAUGUAUCUCCUGAAAAUGGAGAGACGAGAGAAAAUGGAAGCAAUGGUCAAAGAUAGAGAACGAACCCGUCUAGAAGAGCAAAGGACUAAAUGGACAAGACGAGAGGAGAGUGAAUUUUUACGUGUGAUAUCAACCUAUGGUGUCAAUUAUGAUAGAAAGAAGGCCCAAUACGAUUGGACUAAAUUCAAAAGUAUUGCUAGGUUUGAUAAAAAAACUGAUAACGAUCUCACUGAUUAUUACAUGUCGUUUAGAGCUAUGUGCAAGAAGGCUUGUCACAUGAAAAUUAACGAUGACGAAGACAUUCCCGCGGAUCAUCUCAGUGCUAGUAAAGCUCGACAGAUUUUAGACAGAGUGGAUUUACUGAGCAAAAUUCGCGAAGAAAUAUUGUCGCACCCACAUCUUGAAGAAAGAUUAUCACUUUGCCAGCCAUCGGCAGACACACCAGAUUGGUGGCAGCCUGGUAAACACGAUAAAGAACUAUUGCUUGGUGCAGCCAAACAUGGCCUGGGUCGAACUGAUAUCACGAUAUUGAAUGAUCCGGAUUUCUCGUUUCAUAAAGUUUUGAACAAGAGUAUUUUUAGUGGUGUACAAGGCACGAGAAUCGAUAAGCUUGAUAGAGCAAUUAAAAUCGAAAGCCGCGAAGAUAUUUUGAAGUUUGAUAAGGAUGAAAUCUUAGUUAAACUGGAGAAAGGUGAGGGGACAUUAAAAAUUGAAAAAGUUGGUGUAAAGAAAGAUAAGGACGUAAAUUCUGAAAAAAAAUCCGAGCCAGUCAAUAUGGAAAAGAGUCAAGUAGAAUUGACUAUAGUCAAGGCAGAGGUGAAACCUGAGGAAAAAAGUAGCAGCAGUGCCCUUACAAUUACAACCAUUCCUAAACCAAAGUCUCCAGAACAACCGAAGUCUCCUGAGGUAACUGUGGAGAAUGAAGAAAAGGAAAUAACGGAGGAUGUCAAAAAAGAAGCCGACUCCACUGAGGUGAAGGAAGAGUCUGAACCUACAGAGGUAAAGGAGAAUGGGCCAACCGACAAAGAAGAUCUAGUUGUAAAAGAAGAAGCAAAGAUAGUUGAAGAAAAGCCCGAAGCAGAAGUGACUGAAAAAAUGGACGAAGAUGCUGUUAAAGAUGAUCCUGAGCCUAAGCAGAUUGAGACAGAAGUCAAUUCUCCAGCUGAAAAAGAGUUGGAAAAAGAGGAACCUGUUGCGGCAAAAGACGCGGUUAUCGUAGAAAAGGAAGCAAUGGAAGUGAAUGAAAAAAAAGACGAGGUUGAGAACAGUGACAAGCCUGAAAAAUCCGCGGAAACCGAAGAGACCGAGAAGAAAGAAAAAUCUGAAAUAACCGAGCAAGUUCCAGACAGUUCAGUGGAAACAAAUGAACCACCAAAAGCCGCCGCGGUAACGGUAGAAGAAAAAGUCGAAGCACCAGUCGUGAAAGAGGAAACAAAAUCUCAAGAGGAGAAGAUCGUUGUUGCUGAAAAAGAUGACGGUAGCAGCAAGUCGACCAAUAUAGAAGACAAGUGCAGCGUCCAAGCUGCCGAACUGAAGGCAAUGUUUCCCGAUCUAGAAGUCAUUCAACCUCUUUCCCGAUUAACGCAGAUUGACACUUUUGUUCUACGCGACAAAACAAUAGAUUAUACCGAACCAACAGUAGCCCAGCUGUUGGCGCAUAGCUAUCAAAUAUCUAUAAAAUGGCCAAAGGAACAUGCUAUCGAGGCUCGUCUUAUGCAUAUUGUCCAUGCAAUUGAACACAAGGAAUGGCCUGUGGCAAUUACUUUUAGUGCUGGUGAUGAACCAGAAAUAAUACCUACCGAAAAAGACAACUCAGAAGUAAUUACCAUAACCACAGAUCAUGGGGUAAACCGGUCCAUCGCAAGUGGGAACAAUGUUGUCGUUUCGAAAAAACGAAAAAGGCAUAUAGCUAUAGAUGUCGAAACUGAACGAGCUAAGCUUCAUGCCCUACUGAAUAGUAGUCAUAUAUCAGCUCAGCCUCCCGCUGGGCUGACCAAACCAACUGUUUUGACUACCUCGAACUGGGAUGCAAAUGAGGAAUCACAGUCCGAAGAAUCUCGUCGUUCUACACCUGUGCAACCGCCUCCGGCUCACCAACAAGCUAGAACACCUGCAGUUCCAUUUGAUUUCAAAUACACAGUCCCAGGAAAAACCACGAUUAUUCCGGGCACAUCCAGCACGUUAACACCGAUCGAUUUAUCUGCUGGAUAUCUCAAACCGAGUGUGGAAGUCAACAAGGACAUGAUGAAUGAAGUACAAGAUUUCUCCAUGCCAAACAAAAGUAAACAAGUCAGUAGUAACAAGGGGAAGCUAGAUAGCAUGCUAGACAAAUUAAUGAAAAGAAAAAAUUGUCCAACGGAUGAACCGAUCAUUGGUAAAGAGAAGAAACGAAAGAAACUAGAUGAAAUAGUGUUAGGUUUGAGUGCUGCUAAAGAACAACAGAGCACUCAUUACCCGGAACAUGGUAAAAAAAGUACAAUCACGCCAAACGUUACCGUCACGCCAACUUCCGCGCCGAUCGGUCUUCCAAAUCAACCAUCGAGUUCUCAAAAGCCAUUUUCAAUUACUGUCACUUCGAUACCGUCUUCUAGAGCUCCGGGAUCUUCGUCUGUCCUUCCACCUCCUGCUCUACAUUCGCACAAAGAUAGCUUUUCAGCACUUCUAGCUCAGGCUGAACACCAAAAUCGUGAACUCAAGAAACAACAACAGCAGCAGCAGCAACAACAACAACAGCAACAGCAACAGCAACAGCAGCAACAGUCGUUAGCUUCCGCGCAUUUAUCUAGUAGCCAUCGCAAAAGUUACGAAGCGAUGAUUGCCAAUAUGAACAAAGUCGCCGAUUAUUCUUCCAAUAUUGGCUCGUAUUCUCAUGAGGCUAAAGUAAAUAAAUGGUUGGCGGAACAAACUGCGAUGACGGAACAAUUGGGAGCUGAAUAUUUGAGCGCACCAAGGAGGAGAAGGCCUCGUGUGGAUCCUUCGUUAUUAGACUGGAAGAAACUUACCGGAGAAGAGAAUGUUGCUGUAAUUAAUAGGCUAACUGGAAAGAAGGUUACUGGAACAAAAGCUCCGCAGCUUAAAAGACUAGGUCAAUGGUUAAUUGAAAAUCCAAUGUUCGAUGUUGAUCCAAAAUGGGCAGAACUGGUCAAAGAGCGUGGGAAUCUCCCUCAUGAUCUACAGAAGCGGUUACCUGGCACAGACCGGAGCAGUAAUAAAGGAAAAAGUCCGGGAAGACCUCCGAUGAUGCCCAGUCCGACAGGACAAGCCGCAGUCAGUCAGGCUAACUUAGCUGCCACAUCAAUGGCGUCUAGUUUAAGUUUCCCAUCGUUAGGAAACUUGAACAAUUCGCUUUUAUCUGGGCUAUCGCUCGGAAACUUCGACCCCAAAAAUAACCCGCUUCUAAUGCCCUUUGGAGGAUUGCCGAACCUCGGAGCUCUCGGAGGACUCGGCAACCUGGGAAAUCUUGGUAAUAUGAGCCUGACGAAUUCUCUCUUCGCAAACCUAGCUGGGCUUGGAUUGCCAUCACUCGCUAGCAUGGAAGCAGCCCUAGGAGCAACAGCGACUAGUAGUGCCGAUACUAAUGCAGGAACCUCGUCAAGUGGUGGUAAAAAUUCAAGUUCUAAUGUCGGUGGUUCUGGAAAAUCCCGAAGUAAAAUGGACGUACCGACUAGCAAAUCUUCGGCUCCCUCAACAUCCACUUCAUCGUCUCUUCCUACCACGACGCCUUUUCCAUUCUUCUUUCCUAAUCCUAGUCUUUUGUACACACCUUUGGGUUUGGGUGGACUUAAUCCAUUCUCAAUGCAACCUGGAGGAGUUUCAUCCGCUUACGAGAGUCUGGCUCAAUGCGGACUCCUCACUCCACCUACGUCCUCAGCCUCUUCGCGUAAAACGACAUCCACAUCGACUAGCUCCAGGCAACGGGACACCAUAGCAGAUACAAUGAAGCGGAAGGACAGCGAAAAGAAAUCUAGAUACACUACUGACCCCGGACUUAGCCUUCAGCAAUACGCUGACAUGGCUUUGCACAGUGAUGAUAGAAAACGAGCAGAGCAGGACAAAAAAGAAAUAAUCGAACUUAGCCAAAUCGCUGACUUGUCCGCGAGGCUGGAACGGAAGUCUAAAGAACAGGAGAUGAAAGAGGCAUUGGAGCAGCUUAGUAGAACCAGUGCUGAAUUAUUGACAAGAAAUUUGGAGGAUCUUCAGCGGCCGCCAAAACGAGGCAGAAGUUCGGAUCAGAGUUAUGAUCAGCCACCUUCACUGGAAGUAACUUUAGAACCUGUUGUAAAGAAGGUGCGUGUCACCGAGCCCGAGCCUACGAAGCCGGUUGAAAGCAAUGAACCUCUUGAUGUUGAAACGCUUUUGCGACCUUCAACAAUCUCUAGGCAACAUGCUGAAGAAGAAGUAGUUUCUUCAACUCCAGCCCCGAGUGUUGUACCGAAAGAACCCGAGGAUCCGCCUCAAGCUGAGGUCGUCGCGCAGGUGACGCCUCCCAAGACGGAGAGCAAACCGAACCCCUCGGAAAAUGACGAUGACUCUAAAGGUAAGGGUAAAAAAUCUAGGAGUGGCAAACGAUUGAGCAACGAACCACCCCCAGAACGAAAAAAUCUUCGAUCUAGCGCUGGUAGGCAGGCUAGAGCUGCUGCAGAAAGACAGGCUAGAAUGGAAGGUGAGCUGCAACAGCAUGCAGACCAGCGAGAUAGUCAAGGGACAGGGGAUUGAAUUUAAUAAUUUUUCGCAAGGAUACGAAGCACGAGUAAUAAUUGGGCUAGAAAUUUGGAUCGAAUGAAAUAGACGACGACUGAUCUUACGUAGGGGUGAUCGUUAAUAGUUGUAUCAAUAUGGACUACAAAAAAUGUAGCGAAAUGGAUUUAAUAAUAUUAUUACUAUUGAUAAAAUUAAUGAUAAUACUGAUAGUAAUUUAUCGUGAAGAGAGGACACGAAUCGACGAAGUACAUAAGAGUAAUAAUGAAGUAUAAAUACGCGGACAAUUAUUAUUAUUACAAGUGAACGUGUGAUAAUGAAGCCACAUAUGCAAAAAAGUGUGACAGUAUUUUGCAAGAUAAUACUUCGUGUGGUAAUUAAAAAUAAAUUACAUAACGUUAAUAGUACGAAGUAUAAUUUUUUUUGUUAAAUUUAUUAUCUUUUUUGAUCUUAUUGGUUUUGACCAGGGACUGUUUUAUAUAUUAAUAUUACUAUCAAUGAUAUACAUAUAUUAUACGCAUAAUAAUAUAAUCAUACACGUAGAAGCAUUGAACUAGUAAUAAUUUAAAUAAAACCAUGUAUAUACUAUGGAAUCGAUUAGCAUUGUAAGCAAUUGUGUACUUGGAAAAGUGUAUAUAAUGCAGUGUACUUUUAAUUAUUCUAGGUGAAAUAAUAAUAAUAAUAAACGGCUUCUUUCGUUGUUUGCAAUUUA